AUGGAGUUUGAUUCUGAGAUUGUUGCAUAUGACUUUUAUAACGAAUAUGCACAUAGUGAAGGCUUUAGCAUUAGAAGAGCUUCUUAUGCUGCAGAUAAACAACGUGUACUCACUUCAAGAACAUUUGUUUGUUGUAAGGAAGGUUUGCGGAAGGCGGAUAAGAGAGACGAUUUGACGAGAAAUCCAAGAAGAGAGACAAUGACUAGUUGUGGAGCGAUUAUGGGGAUUAAGUUGGUCAAGCGUACUGGCAAGUAUUCUGUUUAUCGUUUCUCUGAAGAGCAUAACCAUCCUCUUAUCAACCAAGAAUAUGUCCAUUUUAUGCCAUCUCAUCGAAAAAUCACAUCAUCAGAUGAAGCAUUUUUAGACUUGACAGCAAAUUCUGGUCUUUCGCCGAAGUCUGCAUUUGAAUUAAUGGGUGAGCAAGCAUGUGGUAGAGAGUCAAUAAGGUUUUCAAAGUUAGUCACUAAGGAACAUAUUACCAAUGUUUUUUGGGAUGAUGCUAAAAUGAUAAUGGAUUUUGGUAUAUUUGGUGAUGUGGUAAGUUUUGAUACAACUUACAAACUUAAUGAAGCAAAUCGACCAUUUCCGGUGUUUGUUGGAUUAAAUCAUCAUAGAGAGACUAUUAUUUUUGGAGCUGCCUUAAUGUACUUAUCAUCGACUUUGUAUAUGGCAUUUAUGCAAAAUGCUGUUAAGAAAGUUGGCUUCUUAUUCCAAGAACACAAUGAAGAAGAUGAAGGCAAUGUGUUCAACAAAUUUCUUUAUCAAAUUGAGGAAGAGGAUGAGUUCUUGAGUGCUUGGCAGUCCACGCUGGAUGAGUACAAUGCACAUGAUGAUACUUGGGUAGCUGCAACAUUUGAGUGGACAUGGUCGGUAGGAAUGCAAACUACACAACUGAGUGAAAGCUUUAAUGCUAGUUUUAAGGGGUAUUUGAAAUCAGACCUACAAUUGCCUGAGUUUUUUACUCGCUUUGUAAGAAUGGUAUUUGAUAAGCGGUAUAAGGAAUUGGAAGCUGAGUAUGAUUUGUUCCGGAUUGUUCACUGUAAAAUGGAGGGCAUGCAUGAGCAUGAGAUUGUAGAGAACCCAAGGCUGAAACAAACUUCUCGAUAUAGAAGUUUAUGUUCUAUGUUUGUUCGACUUGCAUCAAGAGCAUCUGAGAGUGAGAAGACAUAUGAGGCAGUAGAUAUGGAAGCUGAUUAG